AUGACAAAACCUGGUCAUCAACUGGAUGCAAAUGAUUCUUUAUCUAGCAGAUCAAGCCCUGAGAAGGCAGAAGUACUGGACCAUGUCGACGAGAACGAGGUGAAGAGAGCGGUCCUCAAAAUGGAUCUAACAAUCCUUCCGAUUAUGACAAUGCUUUAUCUACUUUCGUUCUUGGUCUGUCCUCAUUCUCCUGUGCCAGAAUAUACUCUAACCCUGCAUUUCAGGACCGCUCGAAUAUCGGUAAAUAUUGUGUGGUUGAGAAUUGACUUCAAAGUUGAAUGUUCACACCGCCUCCGACGUGUAGGUAAUGCACGAGUAGCCGGCCUGCAAAAGGGUUUGCACAUGACAGACCAUCAAUACCAAAUCGCUGUUACCAUUACUUAUGUUCCGUAUGUACUCAGCGAAAUUCCAGCAAAUCUCAUUUUGCGGAAAGUUGGACCUAAUUUGUUGAUGCCGACAAUUCUCACCUUUUGGGGAAUCAUUGUUCUUGCUCAAGGUUUUGUCACGUCGUUCCGCGGGCUAAUCGCCACGCGGGCCUUCUUGGGUUUGGCAGAGGGGCCAAUGCUUCCUGGAAUAGUUCUAUAUCUCUCUGGAUUUUACACUCGUGAAGAACUUUCCUUACGCAUUGCCCUAUUUUUUUCAGCGGCAUCGUUGUCCGGAGCUUUCUCUGGUCUACUUGCAGCUGCCAUUGUAAACAUGCACGGAGUAGGAAAUAAACCUGCUUGGGCAUGGAUAUUUAUUUUGGAAGGGAUCUUCACAAUCAUUGUUGGACUUGCGGUGUUUUUCCUUAUUCCCGCAACGCCGAAGGAUUCGAGGUUUUUGUCAGAUCGACAGAAAAAGUUAGUUGCUGAGCGACUAAAUCGCGAUCGACCAGCCAUUCAAUCGUUAGAUACCUUUAGCAUUAAGCAAGUUCUAUCCGUCCUUGUCUCUCCGCAUGUCUUCAUUGCAGCUAUUACAAACUUUAUGGGAGGUGUAAACCUCUUUGGUCUUGCUCUAUUUUUGCCAUCUAUUGUCAACCAGCUUGGAUUCAGCCCAAACCACACACAACUCCUUAGUGUUGGACCAUUUGCUGUGGGGUUUGCCGUUACUUUGGUUACAGCUUAUUUAUCCGACAAAUACAAGGCUAGAGCAGCAAGCAUCAUAGGGAUACUUCUGCUUUCCGUUGCUGGAUACUCGCUUUCUUUAGCAUCACCUGGAAAGCAUGCGUCUUAUGCGGCUCUUUACCUGAUGGUUCCGGGUGCAUAUGCAAUCGUACCAAUCAUAUCUGCAUGGUUUGCAAACAAUACGGAACCUCACUAUAGACGAGCUACGAGUAUAGCUUUGGGCCUAGGACUUGGAAACUGUGGAGGUAUAUUGAGUACUUGGAGUUACCCUUCAAAUGAAGGUCCAAAGUACCGCAAAACCACAAUUAUGAACCUCGUGUUCUCGCUCGUGAUGAUGGUUUUGACAAUGAUCAACGCAUUGCUGCUUAUUCGACUAAAUAGGCAGAAGAAGGAAAGAAGGUCUGAUAUACUUGCCCCAUAUGCUUCACAAUGCGAACCGGAUGGUGGAUUGAGGGCAUGGAAUGCACUGGGGGAUCGUCACCCGGAUUUUAAAUACGUUAUUUGA